AUGAGUCUAGUAUGUAAUUAUCGUCAAUUAUGAAACGUACAAAGAGACCUAGUAGCCAAGAUUUCCAUUUCCGACAGAAGAGACCGAAAUAAAUAUAUAUUAUCCUCAUUAUCUGCAGAGUAUUUUAAGAAGUAAAGACAGAGAUUAACUUGAGAGUUAAGAAUCACAUUUAUACAACAAAUAUAGUGUAUGUUGGACGUUUUUUUACAGGUACGGAUGAUGGAGGAGCGGCUAGUGAAGGGUGAAUACUGCUUGAGCACAUCCGGUGUUGGUUCUCCACCGCAUUCGCUGCCGUCGACUUCCGGUACGCAGAAUGACAAGAUCGAGGAUGUCCACUGUGCUUGCAUUUCGAAGCUAGAAACUCAGGUCGAGGAACAGAGGCAGUUGCGGCUUCAAGACGCGAGGCAGGUCGAAGCGAAAGCUGCGAGGAUCAAGGAAUGGGUGACGAAUAAAUUGAGGGAAUUGGAGCAGCAAAACCAGCAUCUAAGGGAACAGAAUAACAAGUGCAAUCAACAGUUGGAACUGUUGAGAAAUCACAUAACCAAUAUCGGCCUGAAACCACCUGCACCUGCAAGGGCAUCCUUAUCCCUGGAAGUGGACCCAACGUUACGCAGACGAUCGGAAAGCCUGGAGGGAACGCCGCAAACGGUACCGGAAAACGUGCAGAGCGCCGUAGCGGAACCGCAAGCUGGUACCAAGCACCGAAGACACCUGUCCGCCUGUGGGACUAUACAACGAGGGAUCACGACCACCAACAUGGACUCGAGCUUGCUGUCGGAGGAGCUCGCUGCGGCGGUGGAGAACUUGGUCAUGCUGCCGAAUAUACCCGGCGUCUCGGAGACGAGCAGAGACAGCGGCAGCUCGGAAGCCAUUCACGAUUACGCGGAGAUCUAUACACCGAGCAGAGAAGGAAUGAACUGGACUCAAAGUACGCAAGGUCCUCGACCACCCACUCCGCCUCUUCACCGAUUUCCCAGUUGGGAGGCAAAGAUAUAUCAGGUAGCGGAUGGCGGGCUUGGCAUCGGUCCACCGACAAACGAGGAAUCCGCGCCUUCCACGAUGACCAACACAACCAGCUCGUCGAAACAUUCCCAAGCGACAGGACACAACUUGACUGCGCACAACUCCCAAGGCUAUUGCGAUAUUUCAGUUCCGGUCUAUGCAACGGUCAAGGGGCGAGCCAGUCAAAUUAGAUCAAUGCCGUUUGGUGACAGUUCCGACGAUAGUUCGGACGGCGAGGAGCACCCCAAUCAAACGGAAACUAAUACGAGAAUCACCAACAGCUCCUCGGACAACACGGAUUCUUCGCUCGGCAGCGGAAGUAGUCCGUCGAAAAGCGUUAAAACCACCAGCAGUCUUAGUCCCGCGAAGAGAAGCUCUAGCGGCUCUCCUAGCAAAAGCGUGAAACGUGAUACCUCUCUGGAAUCUGGUCUGUCGGAGGACUAUGCGAUACCUCCCGAUGCUCUGAGCUCCACAUCCUUCGAAUCUAGUAUGCCUAGUUUACUGAUGCGGGUCUCUGGUGAAAGUCCAAAGCGACAAGAGUCUUUGGAAAAGACCGGCCACCUCGCGAAACUCGGUGGUAAAUUGAAAACCUGGAGAAAGAGGUGGUUCGUAUUGAAAAACGGAGUGCUCACCUAUUGGAAAAGUCAGAACGACGUUAAUCGAAAACCUCAAGGCCAAAUUGUGUUGGACGAAGUGUGCAGGAUAAACAGGGCGGAAGGUGCUGCCACGUUUGAAAUAGCAACAGGGAAGAAAACGUAUUACUUAACGGCAGACUGUAUCGCAACGAUGGAAGACUGGAUAAGGGUUUUGCAAAACGUACAAAGGCGAAACGCGACGAAACUUUUGCUCAGUAAGGAAGAUAACAAACCUACGAUACAGGGGUGGUUAACAAAAGUGAAAAACGGGCACGCUAAGAAAUGCUGGUGCGUCCUCAUUGGAAAAAUGUUCCUUUACUUUAAGUGCCCUAAUGAUACGAAUCCUAUUGGACAGAUAAAUAUGAGAGACGCUAGAGUAGAAGAGGUCGAGCACGUGUCCGACAGCGACAGCGAAGAGAGAGACGCUGAAUGUCCUCACGAAAGAACAAUCGGUAUUUUUCCUACCCAUCAAGGUCCUACAUACUUGCUAAUGCCUCAUAAGCAAGAUAAAGACAAUUGGUUGUACCACUUGACGGUGGUAUCCGGAGGCGGACCUAGCGCCGGAACUCAGUACGAACAGCUAGUGCAAAGAUUGAUGGAAACUGACGGGGAUCCUAGUUGUGUCCUGUGGAGACACCCGCUGUUGCUCCAUACAAAAGAAAACAUCACUAGCCCACUGACCAGCUUGACAUCCGAAGCCUUGCAAACCGAGGCUAUCAAGCUUUUCAAGGCUUGUCAGUUGUUCAUGUCGGUGGCAGUGGAGCAAGCAGGCAUAGACUACCAUGUGGUAUUAGCGCAAAACGCGUUACAACAAUGCAUAGACCAGCCUGAAUUACAGUCUGAAUUCAUAUGUGCAUUGGUAAAGCAGACAAGUCGUCACACUCAACACCGUUUGGGCGUACAGGGCCACUCGACGUCUACGAUAUUGGACUGCAAAACUAAUCCCGCCCAGUACGUUCUUAUCCAGGGAUGGCAGCUGCUCGCCCUUGCUGUUUCUCUAUUCCUACCAAGAAACAAUCGGCUACUCUGGUACCUGAAGUUGCACUUGCAAAGAAACGCCGACACCAAAACGGAAUGCGGCAAAUACGCAGCCUAUUGCGAGAGAGCGUUGGAGAGGACAUUGCAAAACGGCGGGAGGGAAGUGAAGCCCUCGAGAAUGGAGGUUCUGUCGAUAUUAAUGAAAAAUCCCUAUCAUCAUUCCCUGCCGCACGCUAUACCGGUUCACUUCUUGAACGGCACGUAUCAGGUUGUGAGCUUCGACGGCAGCACAACGAUAGAGGAGUUUCUAAAUACCUUGAACCAGGAAAUUGGUUGCCGAGACGUUCAUCAGUCGGGCUUCACGUUAUUCAGCGAUGAUCCCAUCGAGAAGGAUCUUGAACACUUCAUCGACCUUCAAGCAAAACUUUGCGAUAUAAUCUCCAAAUGGGAAACCGCAUUGAGGGAAAAGGGUCUAGGAAAAUUCGAGAAUACCAGGGUAAUACAGUUAACGUACAAAUCGCGAUGUUACUGGAGACAGGCAGCUAAAAUGGAAACCGACAGGGAAAGGCUUCUUCUGUGUUAUCAAGUUAAUCAGCAAGUCGUGCAAGGCAAAUUUCCAGUGAAUCGAGAACUUGCAUUUGAGCUUGCGUCGUUAAUGGCACAGAACUGCAAGAAAAACUGCAAGAAAAAUGGAUCGCGUUAAAAGGUCGUAGCGUAUUAGACUGUGUUCGCAUAUAUUUAACUUGUACUAGAAAAUGGCCUUUUUUCGGAGCUACACUGUAUCAAGCCAAGUUGAAGCAAGCUGAACCGAUAACCGUAUGGAUAGCCGUUUCCGAGGAUAGUGUUACUCUACUGGAACUACAAACGAUGGCAGUAAUGUGUCGUUAUAAUUAUGCAAACAUAGUUACAUUCGGAGGAUGUUUGGAUGAUUUCAUGCUGGUCGCUUGUCCCGAUGAAGGUGCAGCUGAACAAAAACUUCUGUUUGCUCUUUCGAAACCUAAGAUUCUGGAAAUAACAUUGUUAAUUGCCGAUUAUAUGAACGCCUUGGGACAUACUUUGCCUGGCACCCCACAAAUGAACACGUUAACCCGUAAUGGAUCUCACCGAUCCAUAAAAUCGACUUUAAGACCCACCACUGGUUCGGGCUGUCUUCCAACGCAACCAGACAUUUUAAAGUCGACGCCAGACCACCAAAGACCUUAAGAAAAAAAACUGGUCAAUCGAUUUCGGAAAAAGAAGCAGGGAAAUAUGGCAUUUGGUUCAUGAAAGUCUGAUCCUGCCAAGGCACUAACUUUAUACUCGAAGGUACUACAGGUUGUAUUAUAAGAAUCUGCGUAAAAUGAUACACUGGAUGACGCUCAGCAACGUGUGCGCUGUAGUUGAUUUUAGUUGCGUUUUGUGUAAAUUAGAGAUGAUGCUUGACAGACAACGUUUUUCUGUAUAUACCUGACGGCAUGCAAAACUCUGUAGUCCACGCGAUUUGAACGUGGGUGACUGAAAUUAAUUGAAAACGAUCUGCAACACUGCCUAAAGUAAAUUAGUAUGUCUGAAAUUACAUCGAAUAGUUUCAU